AUGGAGAGAGACGAGCCACUAACACCGGCUGGUCGGCUCUUCCUCCAGCCGGAAACGAGCCAAAUUAUCAACUGCUUAAUCGGCGUAAAGAAUCAAAUAGACGCCGAUGCUUUCAAAGCCGUAGUAAAAAACUCUGUAUUGCUCAAACACCCUAGAUUCUGCAGUCUCAUGGUCAAACACUCAUCAGGCCGCGAGUACUGGCGGAGGACGGAGGUCGACGUUGACCGCCAUGUCCUCGUAUUCGAUAAACCUCUCUCUGAUGACCCGUCCAUCUCCGACCAAGAUUCUGUCAAUGAUUAUCUUUCCGAUCUCUCGGUUUCUUCUCCACUCAGUACUGAUAAACCACUGUGGGAAAUCCACCUGCUCAUGGCGCACAAUUGCUUGGUCUUCCGCUUGCACCAUGCUCUCGGAGAUGGAAUUUCAUUGAUGUCGAUGUUUCUCUCUUGUUGCCGGAGAGCUGAUGAUCCUUCGCAGCUCCCGACCGCUGGUGGCGUAGGAACCUCAUCGACGACGAGGCGGCGGUGGAGCUUGUGGACAUUAAUGAAAGUAGUGUGGUACACGUUGGUGUACGUUUUGGAGUUCUUGUUGAGGGCUCUGUGGCUGAAGGACAAGAAAACCGUCAUCAGCGGCGGCUCAGGGGUGGAGCUCUGGCCGCGGAAGCUGGCCACGGCGAAGUUUAGACUUGACGAUAUGAAGAUCGUCAAAAAAGCUAUUACGGAUGCAACCAUUAAUGAUGUUCUUUUCGGGGUAUUAUCUUGUGGGUUUUCAAGGUACUUGGACAUCAGAUCACCAAAAGCUUUGAAAGAGGGGCUUAAACUCACAGGUGCUGCCAUGGUUAACUUAAGACCACAAUCAGGAUUGCAGGAUAUAUCCAAGUUGAUGAAUAACAACUCAGGAACUCGUUGGGGCAACAAAUUUGGGAUGAUGUUGUUGCCUAUUUACUACCAUAAAGGUGGUUCAAAUCCACUCGAGUUUCUUAAAAGAUCCAAAUCAAUGAUCGACAAGAAAAAGUUAUCUCUAGAGGCCCCGUGUUCAUACAAACUUGGGCAUUUUGUCAUGUCAUUUUUUGGGGCAAAGCUUGCCAGCAUUCUUAAUUAUAGAAUUGUUUGCAAUACAACCUUUACUAUCUCAAAUGUAAUCGGCCCUCGAGAGGAGAUUACAGUUGUAGGCAACCCUGUGACAUACAUUAGGGCAAAUUCAACCGCCUUACCUCAUGCAAUCACUAUGCAUAUGGUGAGUUAUGGUGAUAGAGCUGAUAUGCAAGUACUGGUGGCCAAAGACUUAAUUCCAGACCCCCAAAUUCUGGUACAGUGUUUUGAAGACGCCUUGCUUGAAAUGAAGGAUGCUGCAGAAGCAGCUAGCAAAACUUGA